UAUAGUGCGCGGGUUAGUCGUCGACUGCAGCGCACUGCGCAGCUUGUGAUCAUUUAAUUGUACGAAUCAUUUUGUGAUAUUCUUUCGAGUGGACGCUGUCGAAGACAAUUAGUGUUAUUGUUGUUAUUGUAACUGUGAUAUUAAUAGUAUACUUGUCUAUGGUUGAAACUGAAAUAUUUAAGCUUAAAUUAUCAAUACUAUUAAGUACGGUUUUUGUUUCCACGUGAAUUUCGUCGUCAUGUCGUCGCCUCAUUCGGUCGCCACAGCCGGUCAAGAGGACUUAUUAAACGACUUUGAUUUGGACGACUUAGGCAGCACUUUGGAUAUAGUACACGAAAUUGACAAAUUUCUCGAAGGACUUGCAUCUGAUGGUCCCGAUUUACCAGUAAGCAAUGAUCAAAAAAUUAAUGAAACAAAUAUAGCUGAUUUGGAAGUUGUUGAUAACAAUAGAACUUCUACCACUCAGGUUGAUGUAGAAUUUGUCGGUAAAGAUUCAGCUGUAUUUCAACUUCUAGAAGACCAUGAGAACUAUGGCGUAUAUGAACACAAUCCAAAUGAAUGUAACUGGAAUGUUUUUUAUAAAACACUUCCCCCUGGUGAAGAACCGUUUGUCAAAGUAGAGCCUAAGACUGAAAUUGUUAAUGAUUACUUCCUCAGUGACACAGAAAAUAAAUUGGAAAGUUUCUCUUUUAACCUUGAUAAUGUUCCGGAAAAUUCAAUUUUCGAACAACAUUCUUUUGAAGCAUCAACUGGUGAAACUGAUGCUGCCACUAGCGAAAUUACAUAUUCAGAUAAUGAAUUGGAAAACUUUUCUUUCACAUUAAAAGCUGAUAAUAUUAAAGAUAAUGUAUCUAGUGCUGAAGUUAAAAGGCGAAAACCAUAUAAAAAAUUUAAAAACUUUAAUUUCAAAAGUAAUGCGCCUAUACCUCAUCAAUUCAGAAACAAUAACUACAAGAAUACAUUUAGAAAGCCACAUCCGUGGCACCGCAAAGAUUCAAUGGAAAGAAAUAAUGGUUUUCAACAAGCAUUUAAAAAUCAAUAUCAGGGAAAUAGUUCAUUAAUGCCUGCACCUAAUAAUGAUAAUGCUGCCUCUUUUCCCCCAAGAAAUUACAAUUUACAAUCUAAUAGAGCUAAUUCCAACAAUUUUAAUAAAGUGCCAAAUGAAAUACAAGGAAAUAAAAAUGUUGCACAAAGUGAUGUAUCAUUUACAAAAGAGGACGAUGAAAUGAAAAAUUUUAAAUUUGUGACUGAUAAUUCUCAAUUUAUUAUGCCAAAGUAUAUUGAAAGCCCGAGUAUAAAUAUUGCAAAGCAAAUGCAUCGCUCAUCUCCACCAAUCUUUAAAUCUCAUAGUGUAGUUGGAGAAUAUUUGUGCCCUGUGUCUUUGGUUGGAACAACAAUAAAAUUUUUAUCAAGAAAAUUGGCAAAUACAGGCAUACGAGAACAAAUUGUCGUAGAAUUAACUAAACAUGGUAUCUUAGAGAACAAUUGGUGGACACCAGAUGAUCUGUUUUAUGUAACAUUUGCAGAAAGAAGUAUCGCUCAACAUGUAUUUAAAUUAUAUCCUCAUAAUUCAAAAAAUUCAUAUUAAAAAACGAAAUUAAACCAUGGUUUUAUUAUUUUUAAAUUUAUUUAAUUAAUAUAAUUAUAUAUUUAAUUAAAUAA